GUCUACCCUCCCCAAAUGGGCCAAUCCCCUUCCGCAGCUUCGAACCGGGAAACCUCCCUCACCUUUUCAUCCUCUUCUACUUUCGUUUCCGACGAGGACUUCCUAUAUGAAAUCUCGGCGAAGGGGGAUUACAGCGCUGAGAUUCCCGACGAGUGUUUGGCUUAUAUUUUCCAGUUCCUCGGCCCUGGCGAUCGGAAUCGGUGUUCCCUUGUCUUCAAGCAGUGGUUUCGCGUCGACGGUUGGAGCCGCCACCGCUUGUCUCUCAACGCCCAAUCUGAAAUCGUUUCUUUUCUGCCGAAUCUAUUUACGCGCUUCGACUCCGUGACUAAACUCGUCCUACGGUGUAGCCGUAAAUCAAUCAGCUUAACGGGCGAUGCUUUGCUUACGAUCUCAAUCCAUUGCAAAAACCUCACACGGCUGAAGCUCAGAGGUUGCCGCGAAAUCACUGACGAAGGAAUGUUGGCAUUUGCUCAGAAUUCUAAGAAUUUAAGAAAACUUUCUUGUGGGUCUUGCUUGUUUGGAGCUAAAGCUUUAAACGCCUUCCUCGAUCAUUGCAACUACUUAGAAGAUUUAUCAGUGAAAAGGCUCAGAGGAAUUCAUGACGGCACUGAGCCGAUCGGACCAGGUGCCGCAGCUUCUUCGUUGAGAAUGAUUUGCUUGAAAGAACUUGUUAACGGUCAGUCUUUUGCCCCGCUUGUGGUUGGAUCAAAAAACCUUAAAACUUUGAGAAUUAUUCAUUGUUUGGGUGAUUGGGAUACUGUCCUUCAAUUAAUUGGAAACCGAAAUCAAAACGGUAAUGAAAAUUUAAAUUCUGAUAUCAAUUAUAGCAGUAGUAACAGUAACCCUAUGGUGGAAAUUCACCUUGAGAGGCUUCAAGUGAGUGAUAUAGGCCUAUCUGCGAUUGCAAAAUGUACCAAAAUUGGGAAUUUGCACAUUGUGGAAACCCCAGAGUGUUCGAAUGACGGGCUUGUUUGUGUAGUUGAGAAUUGUAGGUUUCUGAGGAAGCUUCAUAUUGAUGGAUGGAGGACUAAUAGGAUUGGAGAUGAGGGUUUGAUUGCUGUAGCCAAACAUUGUUCCAAUUUACAAGAACUUGUUUUGAUCGGUGUUAAUGCUACCCAUUUGAGCUUGUCGGCCAUGGCAUGUAAUUGUUCGAAGCUUGAGAGAUUAGCUCUUUGUGGAAGUGGAACUAUUGGUGAUACAGAGAUUGCAUGCAUUGCUGCAAAAUGUAUGGCGUUGAGGAAACUUUGCAUCAAGGGAUGUCCGAUUUCAGAUAUUGCCAUUGAAGCACUUGGUUCAGGUUGUCCCAAUUUGAUAAAAAUUAAGGUGAGGAAAUGUAGAGGAGUGAGUAGUGAUGGAAGUGAAUGGUUGCGGGAACAAAGGGGAUCGAUGCUGGUCAAUAUGGAUGCAUUUGACAUAGAUUGUGGUUUCAAAGCCGGUGUAAGUGAUGGUGGAGUUCAUAUGGAGUUUCCACAGGCAGUUGGCCAAGUAACUGGUGCAGAAGCUUCAACAAGAAGCAAUGGUGAGUCCGUGUUGCAUUAAACCGAACUGAGGAGAAAUUUGGUUGAUCACUUAACUUGGCUGCUGGUCGGGUAAGCUUCGAUUCUGAAGUCCAUACAAUAUUAACGAAUUCGUCAAUUGCCUCUAUGGGGGAAAACAAUAGCAAUUAUUCUAUUUGUAUCUUCUGUGAAUGAAUGAUUCAUAUUUUGCAUCAGGUGUUUUCAUGCUUCUUUUAUUUAUAUACGAUUAAACUCUUAAUGCAGAAUCAAUAUAUAGUUCAAUAUCUUUCAUAAUCUUCUUCAUCUCCAAAACUGAAGACCGAGACAGCAGCAGCAAUUGCCAUUGUCAUGAUAUCACUCGCUCACAUUGAGCUUGUUCCAGGGAUCUUGAAUCCGGAGGAAGGUUUGCCAACGCCAUUAAUAAUGCUAAUGUCUUCGAUAGCAUUGUCUGAUGAAGGCUCUUGAUUUUUUUAUAGAUGGUUUGAUAAUUCCAUGCUUAGACGUCCCUAUUUGCUCGGCUGCCGGGUUAGAUAGAUCACUGGAGACUGUAUUCGGCAUACAGAAUCUGCCGACUUCUUUUCCGACCCCUUGAAUCAUCUCCAAUGCAUUUGGAGAAGGCAUCAUCAUUGCUUUCGCUUCCAGAAGUUUCAGGUUUGGUUUGAAUUAGCGUUGACUCCAUUGUUGGCAGAAUCAAAACGAUAUAAUUUGUAGUCAUAAUUUACUAAUUGGAUCUUGAAUCCAAAGAAACGUCAUAAAAAACUU